AUGAAUCCAUCCGUUGCACUUUUGGUGUUGAGUUCGAUUCAAAUUUCCCGGGCGGUUGUGACAAUCAACUUCGACGGGGAGUUCAACAGCUGCGACAAUGGGAUGGAUUCGAUCAGUUGGGACAUUUCGAAAUUCGAUAUUCUGAUGAUGGACAACGAGAACAUCACGCUGGAUGGAAAGUUUUCGCUAAUCAAAGAUUUCGCCAGUCCAACGAGCGUGAAAGUCGUCCUGGAACGAAACUCCAAGGGAAUGUGGCUUCCAACGAUAACCCGUCUGAUACCGAACUUUUGCGAUGUCAUCGAUCGUCCCCAUGAAAUGUGGAGCUCUACGGUGGCCUACUUCAGUCAGCGUCAGUGUCCAUUUUUGGCCGGGCACGAGGAAACAUUCGACAAAGCAAACAUCGGGAAUAUGGCCACGAAUAUGAAACUUCCUUCCCAAAUGAUGGGCGAAUGGCGGCUGAUUCUGGAGAUCGGAACCAUGCGGGAGGCAAAGAUCGAAAAGGAAUGCCUCAAGGCCAAUUUCGUGCUGGAAGAUGCCUAGUGGCAGUAGUGUAUUUUAAAGGAUGCUGUGCUUUGAAUACAAAAUUAUACUUUCCCAAUAAAAUUUAUUCCUGAGAUAGUGUGCUAGGUUAUUUGUGA